CACAAGAAGCAAAACUCUGCUGCACCCAGCCAGAGCUCACAGGGGUCCUGCAGGUAAGGUCAUGGUAGACGUGGGGCUAGAUAUUUGGGUGGUGUCCUCUGUCCUAGCUCUAGUGGCCUCCAGUCCAUCAUUGGCGCCACAGGAGAAAACAUACAAGUUUGGGAGAGGCUUCCUGGGCUUGGAUAAGUGCAACGCUUGUGUCGGCACCUCCAUAUGCAAGAAGUUUUCUAAAGAAGAAAUCAGGUUUGAAAGGUGGCUGUCAUCUCAGCUGCACCUGCCCUCCGCCAAACGAACGACUUAUGAGGGGAAUUACACAGACGCAUCACAGAUUGAGAGACCAGUGAUGUUGUCAUGGCUGAUGUCUCCUCACCUGCACCAGGUGUCUGACUGGAGCAUUUGCAGGUCAGCUGGCCGAGAGCGUACCUGCAGCAUUGAGGCUGUCCUGAGAGCUACCCCACGCUUCCAAACCUGGGCACGAUCCAACCUCCUCCUCCCCAGUAUGGUACAGGGUCUGGCAACACCCAUGUUGCGGUGCCCCUCACAGAGGCUGCUGGACCGGAUUGUACGGCGAUACUUCGAGGUAACAGAUGUGGGGAGCAUGCAGAUGAAGCACUUCACUUACAAGGAUAAACUCAGGCUGCUGUACACAAUGGCUGUCAAUCAACACCCCCUCAUGCUGCAGAUGUUUCCUGGCAUGGAGGGCUGGCCCUUCCCGCGAUACCAUGGGUCCUGUGGCAGAGUGGUGGUGUGGGCCGGUGGCAGAGCUCUCAGGAACCUGUACUCAUCCCCACUAGAGCGCCGCGUUGAUGCUGCUUACCAGCUCCUGCGUAUAACCCAGAGUUUAGCCUCCAACAGCCUGCACUUCAACCUCUACUACACCAGUGUCUCAGAGGACAUGUUUGGGACCCUUGACGAUGGCCGGGUCUUCAUUACAGAUGCAAGUACCAUCGGAAUCAUUGAUCUGCAGGAUGGAUUCUACCCUGAUCAAGGACUAGAGCAUCAGAGUGUAGACAUCUUUUCCUGUCUCAGCGGUUCCUGUGAGAGACCCCCACCCUGUGAACACGUCCAGCCUUCCCAGAGCUUCCUUCUGCUGUGCAGAAACAUUCUUACCAAGCUGCUCGCUCCCAACGAUGUCCGGUCAGCUCAUCUCCCCGGUGAAGCAAUGAGACAGCUCACAGUUUGUGCCAACCAAUCACAGUCUGAUCAGAGGAUCCUCACUGCAGCCCAGUCUCUGACAGAACUCCUGAAGCCCAUGCGACCGUGCAGCAGACAGUAUGAAUACCGAUACCCUGAGUGCCUGUAUAUCCACAAUUUCUAG